AUGGAUAAUUGGAGGCUGUUGAACGAUUUACGGAAGUCUGUGUACUGUGGAAAGGGAGGCAAUCAUCGUGAGAAGCUGGAGGAGUUGGUGUACUUGGCAUCGAAAUCAAAUGAUGAAGAUCUUUUAAAGAGUGCACUAUUGCUUGAGAAGGAGAUUGAGUCUGUGAGUACCAAGCAAAAGAUCCUGUGGUUAACAUCUACUGUGAAUGGUAAUUUCUAUCCACCUCUGGAAGUUGACCUUGCUGGUCCAGUGCCUUGGGAAGGUACGCAUUUACUGGAACCAGGAUCUAAGAAUAUGGAAUCAAAAUAUCCCAAUAGGGCUCCGUUGAAGGUAGAAGAAACUUCGGAGCUGCUGCAGUGUAAAGAUAUUGACGAUUGUUCAUUUAUUGCAACAUUAAUUUGUAUGAGGGUUGAGAACGUAGAUCGUCCCAGGGUCAGACAAAUCGCGAAGAACCUGUACGUAGUCGAAUUACAUUUUAAUGGAUCAAAGCGGUUGGUCACCGUGGACACCUCGAAGAUACCUACAGAUACAGAUGGUAAGCAACUAUCGAUGCAUAGUAGUGACAUAGUCGACAAGAUUGUGGAGUUAGCUUAUUUGCAAGUGAAAGCGCAAUCAUAUGAAACAAGUGGCUCUAAUUGUGCAGUUGAUGCCUUCAGAUUAGUGGGCUUUUUACCAGAAAUUCUGGAUGCCCGGGAUUGUGAUGUCAAACAGCUCAUAAGGUAUUUCCAAUCAGGUUUAUGUCUCAUAGCGCUUGGUACAGGACCCGGGGUUUCAAAGGCUUCGGAGUUUCUCGUGGGAAACCAUGACUAUCCCGUUGUAGCGGUUGGAAAGACCUCAGAAUGUCUCGUAAUUCAGGACCCUCUGAAUCCAGCUCUUCAUUUCGAAGUAAACGGCGAUAAUCUGCGCAGACAUUACGAACAGGUUUACAUCAGCUGGUGUCAUUCAAAGCUCUUUGCUUACAAGACAUCUCUUCAUUUCUUUUACAACGGUGAAAAUUGUAAUCGGUUCAAUAGCAUUGUUGAUAAACCUACAUUCAUUCUGGAUAAUCACUCGAAGAUAAAGGAACCUGUGCAAAUACUGUUAGAGACGCAUCUAGAGGGAAGUUGUAAUUCAACUAGCGGAACCGCUUAUCUGAAGCAACUGCGGGAGGAUGUAUUACUUGACAAUAGCAGUACGCCUGAUGGUGCGACUAAUAUUAGACUGCAACUUUCAAAAUACGAAUUAAGUCCUGGGCAAAAAAUCAGACUGUUCUGUCAUUCUUCCAAAAGUAGCACCUUCUCGAUCCAUGCAUUCUCCAACUCUCAGCAGUUAACUAUAAUGCGAGAAGCUAAACGUCUUGAGGUAUCGAGCAUAGAAUUCGAGCCAAAUUUCAGUGCAACUACAGAUUCGUGUGAUUAUUUCAGAAAUCCUACAAUGAUGCUUCGUGUUGAGUCUCCAAUUAGCCAAGAAAUUUCUGUACAUUUACAGUUAAUGUCAGAAAGUCCUAAGGAUAUGAUAAACCUGCAGGUUUAUGCCUUGAAUGAUCAUACAUUGAAGAGACCAAUGGUCACUUUGGCCAGAUACGAAGGCCAGAAAUGUGAUAUCAGAGACUUAGCACUAAUCAGCAACACUUCAUAUAAAGUGGUUUGCUCUAGCUAUGCGACGCCCAUCUCUAGCAAAUUCAAACUCCUUGCAACACCUUCGAUCAGCUCAUCGCAUGCAAGAAUCACGUUUAAUCAAAUAUACCAGGAAUUCGGUGGUCUUCCAUAUCACGUUGAAAAGACUUUAGAGUGGUCAGAGGACACAAACAGGAUAAAGGUGCGCCUACUCAGCAAGAAUAAUAAUCGGUGCUUCAUACGUAUUGUUCCUCAAGUUCUGCCUCCUUUACUCUCAAUCCGCUGUAACGUAUAUGAUGGGGAGACUCAUCAGCAAAUCUGCAAAACCAACGAUUUUCUUAAACCAGGGCUAGCGGGCGUAGUGAUAGACCAGUUGGAAAUAGUUGAUUGUUCAGACAUUGUGCUUUUGAUAGAAAAAGAUGAUCCGAAGAUUCAAGGCAAGGUACUGGCUUCAUUACCGUUUAAGUUACUCAUCGGAUCACAAAGCAAACUCAGCUUAAAAGACUAA